CUCAUUUGGAGGCUCUCAGAUGUCCUGAGUCAGUGCGUUCCGUGAUGGUACAUGAGGCACUCUGUCUCGUUCCUUCUGGAGCUUCUCGUGUCAUUGUGAAUGCCCCGCACAUGGCAGGACUUUGCCACUAUGAACAAGACCGUAGUGCACUUAAGAAAAGGGAAUGGGAGCGGAGGAAUCAGGAAGUCCAGCAAGAAGACGAUCUCUUUUCUUCAGGCUUUGAUCUUUUUGGGGAGCCCUACAAGGUAGCUGAAUAUACAAACAAAGGGGAUGCACUUGCCAACCGAGUCCAGAACACGCUGGGAAACUAUGAUGAAAUGAAGGAUUUGCUAACUAACCAUUCUAAUCAGAAUCAUCUAGUGGGAAUCCCAAAGAAUUCGGUGCCCCAGACUCCCAUCAACAAAAAUGAACCAAGCUUUUUCCCAGAACAAAAGAACCGAAUGCUCCCAUCUCACCAGGAUAGCACUCACCCCUCGGCACCAAUGCCUCCACCUUCCGUCGUGAUACUGAAUUCCACUCUAAUACACAGCAACAGGAAACCAAAAGCCGAGUGGCCCCGAGAUAGUCAGAGUGCUAGCACUGUCCCAGCCAGCCAGGCCAGUGGUCAGCCAAACAAGUUGCAGCCAUCUACACAGGACCAGCCCCAAGCCCGACUGGAAGACUUCUUUGUUUACCCAGCUGAACAGCCCCAGGUCGGAGUAGUUGAAGAGUCAAAUGCAUCUGCAAAGGAAGAUGGUAGUCUCAAAUCCAGUGCAGGGGAUCCGUUCAAAGAAAUCUUUCAAUCCGUCUCACCAGAAGAAUCUGAAUUCACAGUGCAAGCUCCUGGGUCUCCCCUAGUUGCCUCCUCUUUGUUAGCUCCCAGCAGUGGCCUUUCAGUUCAGAACUUUCCACCAGGGCUUUACUGCAAAACAAACAUGGGGCAGCAAAAGCCAACUGCAUAUGUCAGACCCAUGGAUGGCCAGGACCAGGCAUCAGACGUCCCUCCGACACUGAAGCCCUCAAUUGAAUUCGAGAACAGCUUUGGGAAUCUGUCAUUUGGAUCCCUCUUGGAUGGAAAACCCAGUGCAGCCAGUUCAAAGCCUAAACUGCCCAAGUUCACGAUUCUCCAAACAAGUGAAGUAAGCCUUCCCAGUGAUCCAAGCUGUGUUGAAGAAAUCUUGCGGGAGAUGACCCAUUCCUGGCCUGCUCCUCUCACUGCCAUGCAUACUUCUGGAAACUCUGAGAAGAACACACUUUCUACCCCAGGACAGGAAUCCCAACACCUGACCCCUGGAUUCACCUUACAAAAGUGGAGUGACCCAACCAGCAGAGCUUCUACAAAGAUGCUUGAGGACGAUCUGAAGCUGAGCAGUGAUGAAGAUGACCUUGAACCUGUGAAGACCUUGGCCACUCAGUGCACAGCCACUGAGCUCUACCAGGCUGUUGAAAAGGCAAAACCUAAGAAUAAUCCUGUGAACCCACUCCUGGCCACACCUCAGCCUCCACCUGCGGUGCCAGCCAGUGGGGCAUCUGGCAGCUCCAGUGACUCUGAGAGCAGCUCUGAGUCAGACUCAGACACUGAAAGCAGCACCACCGACAGCGAAUCCAAUGAGGCGCCUCGUGCGGCCACUCCAGAGCCUGAGCCGCCCUCAACUAACAAGUGGCAGUUGGAUAAAUGGCUUAACAAAGUGACAUCCCAGAACAAGUCGUUUAUUUGUGGCCAAAAUGAAACACCCAUGGAGACGCUUUCUGUGCCUCCUCCAAUCAUCCAGCCAAUGGAAGUCCAGGUCAAAGUGAAGACAAACCCCAGCCAGGUCCUGGCUGAACCCAAAGAGAGGCCUCUCCUCAGUCUUAUCAGGGAGAAAGCUCGUCCACGGCCUACCCAGAAAACUCCAGAAACAAAGGCUUUGAAGCAUAAGUUGUCGACAACCAUUGAGACAGCUUCUCAAAGGACAAUUGGAAAAAAACAGCCCAAAAAAGUCGAGAAGAAUACCAGCAUUGAUGAGUUUACCUGGCCCAAACCAAAUAUUACCAGCAGCACCCCCAAAGAAAAAGAAAGUGUGGAGCCUCCUGAGCCACCAAGAGGCCGCAACAAAGCCACUGCCCACAAACCAGUCCCUAGGAAGGAACCGAGGCCAAACAUUUCCGUGGCUGCCGAGAAAAAGAAGUAUAGAGGGCCUGGCAAGAUCGUGCCAAAGUCCCGGGAAUUCAUCGAAACGGAUUCAUCCACGUCCGAUUCCAACACAGAUCAAGAAGAGACCCUGCAGAUCAAAGUCCUGCCUCCUUGCACUGCUCCUGGGGGCAAUACUGCCAAAUCCAAGGAAGCCUGUGGUGCCAGCCUGACCCUUGGCUCCUUAGUCAGCAGCAGCACCAACAACAGUGUAGCCACCAGUAAUGAGGAGCCAGCUUUCUCACCCAUCCCUGUCAUGCAACCCGAGCUUCUGUCCCCUCUGCAAGAUCAAGAGAAUAUGAAAAAUCUCUGGGUGAAGAUUGACCUUGGCCUGCUGUCUAGAGUACCUGGCCACCACGCACUGCCAGCAGCGCUGGCCAAGCCGGACCACAAGGAGACCGUGUCCAAGCCCAAGCGCCAGAGUGCUGCCGCGGCCACAGAGAAACCCAUCCCUAAGGGCAAGCGUAAGCACAAGCCAACAGAAACUGCAGAGAAAAUCCCUGAAAAGAAGCAACGCCUGGAGGAGGCCACCACUAUCUGCCUGCUGCCACCCUGCAUCUCACCAGCCCCACCCCACAAGCCUCCCAACGCUAAAGAAAACAAUUCAUCCAGGAGAGCGAAUAGAAGGAAAGAAGAAAAGCUGUUUCCUCCUCCACUUUCCCCACUGCCAGAGGACCCUCCACGCCGCAGAAACAGUGGCAGCAAUGGCCCCUUUGGUCAAGACAAAAACAUCCCCAUUGUUGGACAUAUCACCUCUACCAAACCUAAGAGGAAUGAAGGCAAAUUCUGUGCUACUUUCAAAGGGAUAUCCGUAAAUGAUGGAGACACUCCAAAAAAGACAGCCUCUGCCACCGUCACGGUCACCAACACUGCUAUUGCCACUGUCACUGCUACUGCCAUUGUCACCGCCACUGUCACGGCCACUGCAACUACCACUGCCACAGCCACUACCACGACCACUACCACAACCAUUUCCACCAUCACCUCUACCAUCACUACUGGCCUCAUGGACAGCAGUCACCUGGAGAUGGCAUCCUGGGCGGCCCUGCCUCUUCUGUCCAGUAGCACUGCCAACGUCCGGAGACCCAAGCUAACCUUUGAUGACUCGGUUCACAACGCUGAUUAUUACAUGCAAGAGGCAAAGAAGCUCAAGCACAAAGCUGAUGCGCUGUUUGAGAAAUUUGGCAAAGCCGUGAAUUAUGCCGAUGCAGCCCUGUCCUUCACCGAAUGUGGCAAUGCGAUGGAACGUGACCCCCUGGAAGCCAAGUCUCCGUAUACCAUGUACUCCGAGACCGUGGAGCUCCUCAGGUAUGCUAUGCGACUGAAGAACUUUGCGAGCCCCUUGGCUUCGGAUGGGGACAAAAAGCUGGCAGUAUUAUGCUACAGAUGUUUAUCACUUCUCUACUUGCGGAUGUUCAAGCUGAAGAAGGACCAUGCUAUGAAGUACUCCAGAUCACUGAUGGAAUAUUUUAAGCAAAAUGCUUCAAAAGUCGCUCAGAUACCAUCUCCCUGGGUAGGCAAUGGAAAGAACACGCCAUCCCCAGUGUCUCUCAACAAUGUCUCUCCCAUCAACGCGAUGGGCAGCUGUAACAACGGCCCAGUCACCAUUCCCCAGCGCAUCCACCACAUGGCCGCCAGCCAUGUCAACAUCACCAGCAAUGUGUUACGGGGCUACGAACACUGGGACAUGGCCGACAAACUGACAAGAGAGAACAAAGAAUUCUUUGGUGAUCUGGACACACUGAUGGGGCCUCUGACCCAGCACAGCAGCAUGACCAAUCUCGUCCGCUACGUUCGCCAGGGACUGUGUUGGCUGCGCAUCGACGCCCAUUUAUUGUAGUGGGUGUGCCCUGAUCUCCAGCAUUACCACCCAUCACUCUACCUCUACCAGAGCACCAACGGUCACUGGUGGAACUCCACUCAUUUGGGAAAGUUCUCUUUGAUUAUGUUUGUUUUUACGCUUCUUUUGAUAUCUGUGAAAAACAGAAGUCAUUGUAAGUGGACACUACAACUUGAGAGCAGUAUAUGUUUUAUUACUUA